AUGUCUUCCGCUGGAGCCCGUGCUGGUCCACCACCAGCAGCUGCCGGUGCGCAACCUGACCGACCAGCAACCGACUGGAAAUGGACGCUGGCCCGAGCGAUGCUCAUGUACGCCGGCGUCAACGCUGUUACCAACCCAAAGAGUCCUGUUGCUGGCUAUAUUAGGCAACUCUUCGGUCGAGAGGCCCCCUCUGCACCUUCCGCCUCGCCUGCCACGGGAUCAGCUGUUGCAGAUGCAACAGCAGGAGCCAACAUCCCAACCAACAGUGCAGCUGUUAGUGGCGGGUUCAGUGUCCAAUCACCGCAGGUCAAAGGACCACCCAAUGUAGCAGUUCCCAUCUGGGCAGAUGGAUCGCAACUUGACUUCUACAUCUAUAUCUCUUCCGCUCCUGCUCCCGAUUCGUUAGCUACCAAGACUCAAGCAUCGGAUCUGUUGCCGGAGGGUGGGCUGGAGAAUGCACCUGCGAUUCCGUUCGAUGCCUUCAUCGAUCUCUUGCAUGAUCCGUUGCACGAUUUUAAGCGAGCCCAGGUUCACUACUCCACCCCUUCCUCAGGUGGAGUCAAGAGAGAGGGAUUGAAACCGAUGGCAGCGGUCAAAUGGACCAACGUGCCUCUGAGCGACUUAGAUAUGACCCGAGAUGUCGAUCUUACGCUGCAGUUAGGAGAGGAUGUUAGGUACAACAAUGCGAGUAUUUGGGCAGACUUCGUUCUUACUAAGCAUGGUAUUAGUCCUAACCCUGCAGAUGGUAACUAUCAUCCGCUUGGGGUGUAUAGGACGAGGAAGUUGUUGAGUAGGUUGAUGCCGUUGAAGAGGAAGAGGAAGGAGAAGAAUUUGUUCGAUAAGAACAAACCCACUUCAGUCUCAAAGGACGGAGCGGUAGUGGAGGAAGAAGAAGAGGAUGAUGGUCCCAAAAUCGUCGGUCAUUGGCAUAGGAACCUGACUCUAGCACUUGUACAAGAUAAGGGUGAUUUGGGAGUUCAACUUUCCCAACUACCUCCUCCUUUGCUUCAGCAUGUCAGUGUCGUCCGUGACCCUAGCACAGGCGAUAUGAUUGUGGCUCCUCGACCUUCCGACCCCGCCCUAGCAGCUGCAUUGGACAAAGCCUUCGCCACUCAACCCAAUCGACCACCCAACAUUCUCCGCUACCCCACUCUCUUCCCCAACGACUUCUGGCUGCUCAAAGAGCACAUGCACCCCAUCAACUCAACCCUAACCACUCUCCCCCUUCACAUCCACCUUUACCAUCAAACAUGGUUCAAAUUCCAAACUCUCGCCGCUCUCUCCGAUUCAUUCGACAAACAAGCCGGUGCAACAGGUGGAGAAAUCGAUAUGAUCAAAACCAUGCUCCUUGAAACCAACCCUUGGUUUUUGGCCCUCACGAUCAUCGUUUCGAUCCUGCAUAGCUUGUUCGAGUUCUUGGCCUUCAGUAGCGAUGUCAGACAUUGGAAGAAUAAGGACGAUUUGGCGGGAGUUAGUGUGGGUAGUAUUGUAACAAAUGUGGUGGUGCAGUUGAUUAUUACGUUGUAUUUGUUGGAUAAUAAUGAAGAGACGAGUUGGAUGAUUUUGGCGGGACAGGCAGUGGGGGUGCUGAUUGAGUGUUGGAAGCUUACUAAGGCUGUUUCUGUCUCGAUUGUUAGGACUGCAACCGGAUCGAGGAUACCAUACAAGCUCAGCAUUACAGACAAGCACAAGUUGAGUACGGAAGAAAAGAAGACGCAAGAAUUCGACAAAUUGGCGUUCAAAUACGUCGGUAUUGCCAUCGGUCCCCUUCUUGUCGGCUACACUAUCUAUUCCGCCCUCUACCAAACGCACAGAAGUUGGUGGAGUUUUAUUAUUUCCACUGCUACCAGUUUUGUUUAUGCUUUCGGUUUCGUCUCGCUAGUCCCUCAGCUGAUCGUUAACUACAAGCUAAAGAGUACCGCCGGGAUGAACCAUAAAACGUUUGUCUACAAAAUCCUUGGCACUUUCGUAGACGAUCUGUUCGCAUUCUGCAUCAAGAUGCCAAUGUUGCACAGGCUGGCUUGUUUCAGGGACGAUGUGGUGUUCUUCAUCUUUUUGUAUCAGAGGUGGAUUUAUGGUGUUGAUCCGACGAGGAGGAAUGAGUUCGGUCAGACGUUGGAGAACGUUGAUGGCGAGGAUGAGAGGGAUGGAGAGGGGAAGAAGGAUGAAGGAAAGGGAGAGGGAGAGAAGUUGGUUGAAGAGGCAAAAACGUCUGCUUUGGAGGCCAAGGGAGAGGUCAGGUCCAGAGCUAAGGCGACCAAGUGA